ACCGCAGACACAACUGGUUCCGGAAUCCGGACAUGGAGCGGCUGUCAUUCGAGGAUGUGUCCAUUGCCUUCUCCCCAGAGGAGCGGGAAUGCCUAGACCCUGCUCGGUGGAAUUUGUAUAGGGGUGUGAUGUUGGAGAAUUACAGGAACCUUGUCUCCCUGGGUCUCGCUGUGUGUAAGCCUUACCUGGUCUCAUCGCUGGAGCAGAGACAGGUGCCUUGGGAUGUGAAGAGACAAGAGUCAGGAACCAUGUGCCCAGAAAAUCUGUGCGACUGUAAUGACUCCGCAAAAGCCUUUGAUCAUCAUGCAGAAUGUACCAUCCGUCAGUGUGCGCAUAGUGGAGAGGAGCCAUUGAGACAUGAAGAACAUGGCAAAGCUUUCCUUGAUGAUUCAGCUUCUGAUCGGCAUUUGCCCUACAAAUGUAAAGACUGUGGCAAAGCCUUUAAAUACCGCUCCAUCCUCUCCCAACACCACGUCAUUCAUACUGCUGCAAGGCCCUACCAAUGUCAGGAGUGUGGCAAAGCCUUCAAAAGAAGUAGGAACCUCACACAACACCAGAUGACUCAUAAGAGAGAGAAACCCUACAAAUGUGAAGACUGUGGCAAAGCCUUCACUACACAUUCUGUACUUACUCAACACCAAAUCAGUCACACUGGAGAGAAACCCUACAAAUGUAAAGACUGUGGCAGAUCCUUUAAAUAUAAUUCAACCCUCACUCAGCAUGAAGUCAUUCAUACCGAAGUAAAGCCCUACAGAUGUCAGGAAUGUGGCAAAGCUUUCAAGAGAAGGCACACCCUUAGUCAACAUCAGAUAAUUCAUAAAGGAGAGAAACCGCACAAGUGUAAGGAAUGUGGCAAGACCUUCAGUAAACAUUCAUCUCUUACCCAACACCAGGUCAUUCACACUGGUGAGAAACCCUAUAGAUGUAAAGAAUGUGGGAAAGCCUUCAGAUAUCAGUCAACCCUGACUCGACACCAAAUUGUUCAUACCGGGGCAAAGCCCUACAAAUGUCAGGAAUGUGGCAAAGCCUUCAAUAAUAGCUCAACUCUCAGUCGACACCAGAUAAUCCACACAGGAGAGAAACCCUACAAAUGUCAAGAGUGUGGCAAAGCCUUUUACUGUUCCUCAUUUUUGAUCCAGCAUAUGAAAAUUCAUUUUGAAGAGAUGCCCUAUAGAUGCAAAGAGUGUGGUAAACCCUUUAGGCUUUCCUCACAGCUGAUUCGACACCAGAGAAUCCAUACUGGAGAGGAACCUUAUCUGUGUAAGGAGUGUGGCAAAACCUUCAAAUACCACUCCAACCUGACUCGACAUCAAAUACUUCAUACUGGGGCAAAGCCCUACAAAUGUCAGGAAUGUGGCAAAGCCUUCAAUAAUAGCUCAACCCUUACUCGACACCAGAUAAUCCACACAGGAGAGAAAUCCUACAAAUGUCAAGAGUGUGGCAAAGCCUUUUACUGUUCCUCAUACUUGAUCCAGCAUAUGAAAAUUCAUUUCGAAGAGAUUCCCUAUAGAUGCAAAGAAUGUGGUAAACCUUUCAAAUGUUCUUCACAACUUGUUCGACACCAGAGAAUUCAUAGUGGAGAGAAACCCUACAUAUGUAAAGAAUGUGGCAAAGCCUUCAACUGUACUUCGUACCUUACUAAGCAUCAGAGAAUUCAUACUGGAGAGAAGCCCUACGUGUGUAAAGAGUGCGGCAAAGCCUUUAAUUGUUCUUCCUAUCUUUCUAAACACCAGAGAAUUCAUGUUGGCGACAGACUGUAUAAAUGCAGGGAAUGUGGCAAAGCCUACUACUUUUCUUCACAGCUUAACCGACAUCAGAGAAUCCAUACGGGAGAGAAACCCUAUAUAUGUCAAGAGUGUGGCAAAGCCUUCAACUGUUCCUCAUACCUCAAUAAACAUCAGAGAGUCCAUGUUGUAGAAAAGCCCUAUGUGUGUAAGGAGUGUGGCAAGGCUUUUAACUGUGCUGCAUACCUUACUAAGCACCAGAGGAUUCAUACCGGAGAUAGAGUUUACAGAUGUAAAGAGUGUGGCAAAGCCUAUUACUUUUCCUUCCAGCUCAGUCGGCACCAGAGAAUCCAUACCCGAGAGAAAUCCUAUCGCUGUAAGGAGUGCGGCAAGGCCUUUAUUACUUCUUCCAGCCUGAAACGGCACCAGGAAACUCAUGUUAGCGAAACCCAGCAGUGUAUAGAAUUUGGUGAAGCCUCAAGAGUAAGAAUUUGUCAGUAGAUGUUUCAUAAAGGGGAAACACCCUAUAUGUACAGUUCAGGACUUGAAUAACUGCUGGGUCUCUAGCUCACACUGGAAGGCUCACACGCGAGGGAAACACUCCAAGUGUGACGAGUGCCGGAACCUGUGACAAGUGUGUAGCGGUUAUUCCAUACUAAAUGGUCCGCAGCGGAGAGCGGCUAUUCCAUACUAAACGGUCCGCAGCGGAGAGCAGAGCGGCUAUUCCAUACUAAACGGUCCGCAGCGGAGAGCAGAGCGGCUAUUCCAUACUAAACGGUCCGCAGCGGAGAGCGGCUUACAGACGCGAUAAUAUGGCCUGGCCUUGGGUCUCAGCAGAAAAUUCGUAUCAGAAAGAGCGCUAUCCUAUGUGUAGCCCUCAAAGGAGUCUAGUGCUGUCCCGGAAAUCCCCUCAUUAAAUAAAAAUAUUA